GGGUUUUGGAACGCAGCCACAUGAUCUGUGGUGUGGCUCGUCAGCUGAUGCGCGACAGAUUACUUUAUACACUGAUUGUCAAUUGGAUGUGAAAUUGCGUCGCUUAAAAAUUUUAUUUGCAAAAUUAGUCAGCUUUUGAGAAAAAUAUAAUGGCACUUCAUUCUGCAGGAAAAGGAAAACUUCUAGCCGUGAUUGGUGAUGAGGAUACUUGUGUGGGCUUUUUGCUGGGUGGAGUUGGAGAGAUUAAUAAACAUCGCCAACCUAAUUUCUUGGUGGUUGAUAAAAAUACAGCGAUAAGCGAGAUAGAGGACAUGUUCAAACGCUUUAUUAAGCGUGAUGAUAUUGAUAUCAUUCUUAUUAAUCAAAAUGUAGCUGAAAUGAUUCGUCAUGUAAUCGACAGUCACACUCAGCCAAUACCUUCCGUACUGGAAAUCCCGAGCAAGGAUCAUCCAUAUGACGCCAGCAAAGAUUCGAUCUUAAGACGCGCUAAGGGUAUGUUCAAUCCAGAAGAUAUUCAUUAAUAUAAAUAUGGCAUUAUACUGAAAUUGUGUACAGUAAAAUAGGAUUAUUUGAUUAAUUAUCGCAUUUUACGUAUCUAUCUUUGUUUCUUUAUUCAGUAAAUGUAAUAUGAAAUAUUGCUGUAACAUGUAUAAUACUUUCAUUUAA